CUCCUAGUUGGUCUUAGUGAAGCGUUUUAUGUCGACUUCUGGCUAGCGAUACUGGCCGAGUACCUCGCUACGUUGUUUUUAAUGUUCGCUGUCUCAGGAUCAGCUUUGAGAUGGGAAGGUGCCCCCACUAUAUUUCAGCAAGCUCUUGCUGCAGGACUUUGCACCGCCUCUUCAAUUCAGGCUUUCAGAUCUGUGAGUUUACCUCUUGUACACGCAAAUCCAGCUGUGUCACUUGCCGCUUUCAUCACUUCAGACGCUGGUUUGAUUCGAAUGAUUUGCUCCAUUGUCGCUCAAAUGUUUGGAGGUAGGAAAUAAGUACAAAUAUGUGUCUCGCUAAACCUUGUUAAUCUCGGGACGUAGACACGUAGGCCCUAACCUGACGCCGGGCAGGACUGAAUUGGAGAACAACUACUAUUACUACUACUGAGUGCUACCAGAAUCCACUUCGAUUUUUGUCCACUUGUUACCCUAAAUUCCCUAAAAGCUCCAAAAAGUUCUAUUUUUCCAUGAAGGGAACUUAUAACAUACUGCCGAGACAGAAAAGAAUAUGAUAUGCUUCUCUAAAGAGGAGAUUGGUUGUCGAAAGUUCUCUACGGCACCAGAACAACGCAUUUUAUUAUGGAUAAGUUAGAGCAGGAGCCCGUCACAUGGUUAGAGAUAGUUUGCUUCAAUAAUAGGCCAAUGUAGUCCUUAAACUCGGAUGGCAUUGACCCGUCACCGUUUCUUUGAAAUCCUAACACAGUAGAAAAUCUCACCUUCUUUGCAUAUUUCUGCCUGUUUUUCAGCUAUCACUGGUACGGGAAUUGUAAUGGCCAUAAGUCCUGCCCAUGCUCGCGGGAAGCUUGGAGCGACGUUCCCAGGAAAAGACGUAAGUGGUGUCCAGGCCUUUGGAGUUGAGUUGAUUGCGUCGUUUCUACUUGUGCUUACGAUGCUGUCAUCUAUUGACGCUAAAAAAGAGGCGGCCCGGAGGGAUUAUGGGACAGCUGCGGCGCUGGGUGUGGUUGUCACUCUGUGUUAUCUAAUCGCGGUAAGUUAAAAAUAAGACUGUUUUGGCUGUUAAAUUAAGUCAUCCAAUAGUUCUUGCGAAUGUGGCUCUCUCGGUGACCCAACCCGUCUUCUGGGCCAAGCGGAAAGAACCAAGAAAGACUUAGCUGGAAGGCUAUUUAUGCGAGCGAAUAGGUUGGUGUGAGCUCCGUAGGAUCGAAUCAGGGUGGGAGCGGUUGGGGAUGGGGUACGAGAGACGGAAGAGGAAAGGGCGGGAAGAGGGAGGGAGAAUAACGGGGAAAUUUCGCAACAAUGCUUAAUAUAUAGCAAUCGCAAGAGAGCUUAAAGACCCACUGCAUGUGCCCCAACCCCACUGUUUAUCUUAAUGCCUUAUACUGAUCUAAGAACGUUAAUGCUAAUUGAUCGGUUUUCAAAAAAUUUUCACUGUACGUUUAGUUAGCGAAUCUUAAGCCUGGUUUUCAUAUGUCGGGAAAAUCCCAGACGAUCUGAAAUUUUACUGUUUCCCGACUGUCCCAGAUUUUGCCGACUAAUGGAAACUCGAAAUCGUAAAUAUCUCCGAUCGUCUGGGAUGGACGGGGACAAAUCUGAAGAUUCGGGAGCGUUUCUAUUUUCCCGACGCGUCCCAGAUUUCUGCGUUGGUCGGCGAUCAAUCCCGACAAUUGAAAACUCAAAAUUUGUGCCGUCGGGGACGUCGGCGAUGGAUUACACUCAUUACCAACCCCACGAAUUGCUGGGCUCCAGUCCCCCUAUCACAAAUAAACAUGGUGUCUCUCGAGAAUCUGGGACAGACUUCUGGUGGUUAUCCGAUAUAUCCGCAAAAUCUGGGAUGGUCGGCAAAAAGUAAAAUACCCGAUCGUCUGGGAUUUUCCCGACAUAUGAAAACCAGGCUUUAUAACGGUUACAUCACCUUAAAUAAGGAAGCCUGCUAAAACGGCAAAGCGGGAAUCAUACCUGUAGAGGAGUUAGGAUGCACAGAACAUCAAUUUGUUCAUUCAGUCUUUAUUGCCUUGCAGCUACCGAUAACUGGUUGCGGAGUGAACCCAGCGAGAUCUUUUGCUCCAGCCGUCAUAACAAACACUUGGAAUAAACACUGGGUACGAUUGAGCGAAGGCUCGUAGAAUAGGGGUGAAUUUGAUAGUUCCGUCCGUGGCGCAUGCUAAGGUUUAAAAAAUGUUGCUGCACUUUGUGGUUCGCUGAAACGUCUGGCCUGUCAUGUACUAUUCAGACUUUUUCAACCACUGCAAUCAGAGCUUGACUCAGAUCGUUCUCGGUUUGCGCUCAAACGCGUUUUCAGGCGCCUGAUUCAUUGGUUUUCGACAGUUUCUUGGUAAUUCGGACGGGUGCGGGCACCAAAUGACGAAAAGACACUGACUGAUCCAACAAUAUUUUGCGGCACUGACCAAGAAACACUCGGCAAAAUGUUUGAAAUUAAAUACAGGGCUUAAAUUAUAAGAGACUGUAUUAAAUCUUAAUUCGCAAGCCUUUUGGAUUAACAGUUGCUACUAGGCUGCCACUGACGAUGCUGACUAUUUGGAUCAAUUAAGGUUUCCGGAAAACUGCCCCUAAGUCAACAUUUUGCCCUGAAUGAGAAGUAAGUGUUAAUGGUCGAAUUUAUACUAGAGACGAAUUAUCCGUCUAGACGGAUAAUCCGUCUCUAGUAUAAAUUAAAUUCGGUGCUAAGACGAAUUAUGGAGCAAAAUUCGUCUGAGGCUGAUUCGUCUGUUAGCACGUCUUCAAGACGUUCUAACAGACGGAUAAUUCGUCUUAGACGGAUUAUCCGUCUCUAAAUUUAUAUCUAGACGGAACGUUGACGGUUUUUUGACGAAGUUUGCAAAUGAGAGGGAAGGGUUUCUAUAUCAUAUAUUAUCGCAAUUAUUCCUUUUUCCCGCGCUCCUUUCGCUUAAAAUAUCUAGACAAAUUAUGGAGCAAAAUUCGUCUUCGGAUGUAUACUUAGACGAAUUAUCCGUCUGACGGAUAAUCCGUCUAGACGGAUAACUCGUCUCUAGUAUAAAUUCGGCCAAUGUUAGCUUAGGGGAGGGGUAGGUGGGCAGUUUCCCAAACCUAAAUUGAUCGGACUAUUUAACCAUCUGUUUUUUCAGGUCUACUGGGCUGGGCCUAUCUUAGCUUCGGUGUUGGCAGCAUUUCUUCACUGCUUAUUAUUCAAGGAACGCAAAUAUCUUCGUCGUUCAUCAUCCGAGGAAGAAAAUAAUGAUCCUAUCAUUAACAGCUCUGAAGCCAAGAUUUAG